AUGGCUGAUAUUUUUUUAAUCAUAUUAUUUUCUUUGAUUAUAAUAAUCGCCUUAAGCGGUAAUUUACUGCUAUGUGUGGCUGUUUAUUGGGAUAAAAAACUGAGGAGAAAUGAAGAAAACAUUUUUUACGUUUCAUUAGCAAUAUCUGACCUCCUCAUGUCCGUACUGGUGAUGAGCCUCGCUAUGGCGAAUGAUAUUCUCGGAUAUUGGCCACUUGGGCCAAUUUAUUGCCAACUAUGGAUAUGUUGUGAUAUAGCUUGCUCAACUGCAUCAAUCUUAAAUUUAUGUGCGAUAGCACUCUUUAGGUACUGGAAUAUCAGUCACCCGUUGACUUGUAUUAAGUAUGUUUAUUUAUGUGUUAAAAACAUCCGACGAAAGAAAGCAUAUUCAGUAGCGAUAAUAUGGAUAUUAUCUGUGUUAAUUGGGUCAAUCCAGUUAAUUUUUGAUUUCGCACAAAAUUAUCAGCUCGCUUAUACUGAUUUUCAAAAUUUAACGAUUAGAAGCGAAAGGAACCGAUCAUGCCAGUUACUUUUGAAGCCAUUUUACGCUCUCGGAAGUUCUCUGUGCAGUUUCUUCGCACCUGCAACUAUAAUGGUUUUAUUAUAUACGCGACUAUAUUUAUAUGCUCGCAGGCAUAGUAGGAAUAUGCGAAGACAACUGAAGGAAGCAACGACUUUAUUAUUUUUACAUUUAGUUAGCAUGAAACCGAAAGAAAUAGAACCUGAUUUGAAUCCAGUAAUUGUUCACAUGGGAAGAGGAUAUAUACGCACAACCCGGAUUUCAUUUACUAUGGCAGAUUUACUUCUGCUAAACGGCAGAUGUGGUAGGAUAAGUGGUAAUCAGUAUAUCUUCGUUGACCAUUCCAUCGGAUCAAUUGAGCAUUCGCAAAUGGUUUUAAGAUUCCUCGAUCCAGAAAAGGAUCGAACCUUGCAUGAGCUUAAACUGAUCUUAUAA